AUGUCGGACCACUCGAGUCCUCACAACGGCGGCUACGAUGCUGGUGAGCCUGCCAUGAGACUCUCAGUCCGCAAGGACCUUUUUCCAGAUGCCUCAUCCCCCAAAACAUCUAGCGACUCCGAUUCCGAAGGCCAGCAAGAGCAGAACGAAGAUUAUUCCUGUGUUAAGCUCGAAACUGACUUCGAACAGAGCAUAGAUGAGAUAGCAAAUCAAAGAAUACAGGUUGUGAAUGGCGCGAUACCAGCUGUCCCCCGAUCUCGUCACAAAAAACACAAACAGCGUUCAAGGCGUGAUUCAGACCAAUCAACUCUGAAUGGAUACUUACCAUCUGAAAGGAAAAGGAAAAAGCGUUCUCGUGAAUCACGUAGUAGGACACAUAAGAGUAAUAGCAUAAUCUCAAAAAUUAAGGGAGGCAAAAACCUGAAUUUAGUUAGUAGUAGUGAGUGUCAACAGGAAGAAGAGGUAGACUUUGCUGGGGAAAGUGAAAGUUCGGAUGAUGAAGUGCUACAGAAAAGUGUUAAGUUGAAAUUGGUGCCGCGACAAAGUGGAAAACCGUACAGUCAUGAACUUAGUCAAUUAUCUGCAAAAAAGAAUAAAACAAAAGACUCUUCAAAGGAGCAAAGGACUCAUAUAGUGACUCCCUGUAGUGGUAAACCGAGGUCAAUGUUAGGGCUGUGUAGUUCACGUAGCAAAAAGAAGUCUAAGAAGUCUGAAGGUACACCCACUUAUCGGAGUCAGAUUGUGGAUACCAGUACUAACCUAAAGAUUAAAAUAAGGAAAACAAGUGUUCAGGAGACUGUAAGAAUAGUUGAACCGGCACCAAUACUAAUAGCGAACAUAGGCCAGAGAAAGUCAAAGAAAAAACGAGCGGCAUCUCCUGUGCCUUGCGAAAGCUCUGGUGAGGAGUAUGAUCCCUCAAGGGGCGAUACUGCGGCAGCUAUGAGUGUAGCCGCGUCGAAGACUAAACAGACUCGACAACGAGCGCCACGUAAAAGCACUAGUAACUCGAAAAGUAAAGCUCAAAAGACUGAAAAAAAUAGAGAUAGUCAUGCCGAAUUGAGAGAUAUUGGUCCACAAAGUCCUUGGGCCUCUCUGCCCGUGGAGGUUCUCACGAAAAUUUUUAAUAAUGCAGUAGUACAACAGGGAUCAUUACCGACUAUAGUAAGCUUGGGUAAAGUGUGUAAACUAUGGUAUAAUGUAAGUUGUAAACCUGAAUUUUGGAAAAAUGUCGAUCUUGCACAAUAUACAGUUGAUAAAUGCAAAAUUGAUUACAAACUCGUUUGGCUGCUCGAGAAUCGGCUGUCGCUGUGUCAGAAUUUGAAUCUUGCUCAAUGGGAUGUAAAUAACAUAUCAUGGGUGCUAUCAUGCAUAGUGGAGUGUUGCCCUGACCUCAUAGAGCUGAGUGUGGCUGGUUGGAGUCGGAUCACACCUGAACAACUCUAUGAACUCUUCCAAGGACUUCCCAAAUUGCAGAGGAUCGAUUUGUCUUCACUGUCAGAAACCGGAACUUCAAGCACCUGUUUGGCGGCGGCUUCAAUCGGACGAGUGCUAGAGAACUUCGGAGAGCGGCUUACACAUUUAAUACUCGCAAAUAAUAAAUUCUCAGCGCUACAGCAAAUACUGUCAUCGGUAGCGAGCCAUUGUCCAAAUCUCGAAGUGUUAGAUAUAUCCGGGGCUUUAGCUACGUCUCACCCAGCCGCUGUACCUCUGGAAGCUCUGCAGAAAGGUUGCCCGAAGUUGCGAGUGUUCAGGGCUGCAAACGCACAACUUGUUCUGGCUAACGCCACUACCGCGCAGCAGAUGGAAGCCGGCGGUUGGAGUAUGCUGGAAGAACUGUCGAUAGCUGGUGGGGCGGCGGCCGAGCGGACUCAAGUGGGCGAAUACCGGUUCGGUGAAGAGGCGCUCUCGAGACUUGUCAGGGGCGCGACGCGGCUGCGUCUCCUCGAUUUGCGUGGUCUACAUCGAGUCACAGACUCGGGCCUGGUCCGCGUGCCAGCUUGGGACCUGCAGCAUCUCUUUCUGGGAGGAUGCGCUGUGACCCGUAAAAGUACAGCCUGCCUCGAGCUGAUCUGUGAAAAGUGGUCACAUAGUCUCAUUGAGUUGGACCUGUCAUGGGCUUCCGCUACGAAGCCGCUCGAUGAUGCGGUCUCAGCGCUUGCAGACGCCUCUAGCAGUAGACUUAAAAUUUUAAACCUCUUCGGAUCUUCCGUGUCGCUAGAGCCUGUCAAGAAAGUUUUAUUAAAGUGCGCUCAAUUAGAAUCUUUAAAUUUAAGCUUGUGUCGAGCUUUACCUCGAGGUAUGAAGCGUUUGUACACUGGCAAAGAACUAGACGAUUUAAAAUUAAGCUUUGACACUGAAAAGGCGAAAAAAGCCGACGACAAAACGUGUGAAAAUAAAAAGUCAAAGAAAACGUCGAAGGGGGAAACUACAAAAACGGAAAAGGAGAAGACUAGUGUUGAUAGUGUUUCCGAAAGUUCAAGUGCUAAUUUAGAUAUUAAGUCUCCGGAUAAGUCUUCCCCGAGUGUUUUCCAAGAACCGAGAAGCGUAUCUGAUACCUCGGCGGCAAUCGAAAAACAUUCCUCGCUAGAGUCGCAAAUAAAAUCCCCACCUAACACGAAGCUCACUCCAUCGCCCAAAGAAGUUCCCGAUGCAGUAAUAUCUCAAAAUGAAAUAAAAUAUUCCUCAUCGAUGUCUAAACUGUCUAGCCCGCUCGCACAAUCUAGACCGGAUUCUUCUUCUACUCCCAGAUCAGAUCCGAUGAAGGUGGAUCUAGGGAGUCCGCAUUUCAGCCCCGUCCAAAAACCAGAUAGCCAAGUCCCGAGCAGUCCCGAUGUCCAAUCAGAAUUGGCUAAAAGUAAUACCUCAUGGAGCUUAGGCCCCUUUAAAAGAACUCCAAAUCAUAAGUCUGAGGCGAGUCCUCUCAACAGGUUAGAAAGCCAUAACAAAAUUAAGCAGACGAAAGUCGUAGAACAGUGCAGUCCCACCACUUCCUUAGAAAACAAACGUAGUCCAGAGACCUUAGGUGUUAAACCGGAUAUUAAGAAUCCUAAUAACUGGAACUAUGGUAGUUACAGUCCCAUGCCUAGACAAGAUAAUCAAUUCUCAUCACAACAUAGCCCAUAUUCAGCUCAACCGAGCCCGGCCCAACCCAGCCCUUAUUCGACACAACCGAGCCCCUAUUCUACCCAACCUAGUCCAUAUUCUUCGCAACCGAGUCCAUAUUCCGCCCAGCCUAGUCCAGAUACAAGUCAAAUUGUAAAGACCGAUCUUCAAAAAUCCAACGCAUGGAAUACGGGAAACUAUAGUCCUCUUCCUAAACAUCACGCGCCCUUCUCCCCCCACCCAUCCACUCAUACGAGUCCCGACCCCGGUUUAGGAGUCAAAAGUGAUAAUCUUAGAAGUAAUCCAAACAAAACCCCUGGUCAAUACAGUCCGAUGUCUAGGCCGCAACAUCACAGUCCUUAUUCCCCUCGGCCUAGCAUCGAUAACAGUUAUACUAACAAAAAGAGUCCUGGCGUCGCAGGAAAGUACAGUCCGAUGAUGAGAUCGGAUUGUCACUUGCCGAGUCCCGACGGUGCCCACGGAACUCGUCCGCAUCUGAAUAGGAGUCAGGAGAUGUAUAACAGGCCGGUAACGAAAGCGGCAGAUGUGAUGCAGAACAUCCCAACGCCAGAUAUCCCCACCUCUUGGGGGUUAGAUAGAUACAACCAAAUUAAUAACACGUCCAGCAUCGAAUCCCUAGUCUGGGGCGCGAGCGGGUUCGGGCGGGAGGGGGGUAUUCAGCAGCGAGUAGAUAACAUUCCUUCGAUGUUGAACACGCCGCAGCCUCAGUGGAACGACGUGUCGCACUUCGACACGGGCACUCGCCGGUCGAACGAAGUCAGUGAUCCCUGGACGUUGGGGCAGUUUCGCAUAGAACCGCCCCACCAAGUGCAUAAUACCUUUGUGGAACAGAACGUUACCUUCGACUCGUUGAGUUCGCACCUAGGCCACCAGUCGCACAUGUUGCCCAAUUACUUGGACGACAACUUCACGGAGUCCCGCGUGGACUGA